CAAUAACAAAACGCGUUUGAAGUGUUGAGUUGUUGAUUGUAGUUUGCAUUUGUGUUCUAAUUUUUUUAUUUUUCCAUCAGUUUUAUGUUAGUUUCACUAAUGUUUUUGGCUCCACCUUAGUUUUAGGAUGACAAUGGAAAGGAGGAUAAAGUUGAAAGCAUUAAACAGUCACAUUACUUGCAAAAUAUGUCGGGGCUAUUUCAUCGACGCGACUACGGUCACCGAGUGUCUUCAUACGUUCUGUAAGAGCUGCUUAGUGAAACAUUUGGAGGAGAACAACACAUGUCCAACAUGCGACAUAGUGAUACACCAGUCGCACCCUUUACAGUAUAUCAGCUUCGACCGGACAAUGCAGGAUAUAGUGUAUAAGUUAGUGCCAGACUUGCAGGACAAUGAAAUAAAACGUGAGCGUGAUUUCUACCGAGCCCGCAAUCUGCCUUGCCCCAAGGAUGCGGCCCUGGCUGCGGACAAGCCUGGAGCCGAUGAGCCUGAACAGCCAGACAAUACUGACUGUCAUAGGAAAGAUGAACAGGUGAAUGUAUGCCUGGAGUGCAUAUCAACGUCGCUACGGACACUGAAGCGCAGCUUCAUCCGGUGCUCAGCACAAGCUACAAUCACGCACCUCAAGAAGUUUAUAGCUAAGAAGGUUUUAAGCGGAAUGGAGAAGUAUAGAGAAAUCGACAUUCUAUGCAACGACGAAUUAUUAGGCAAGGACCAUACGUUAAAGUUUGUGUAUGUGACACGCUGGCGAUUCCGAGACCCUCCACUCAGACUGCAGUAUAGGCCUAAGAUUGACUUGUAAGGUGGAUGGUGUUUUUAUAUUUAAUACAUAUGUAAUACAACUACACUACCUGCCGAUACAUAUUGCACAUCAACUUUAGAAAAGAGACAAUUUUGUUUAAUAUUGCAAUCAUUUGUAUAAAACUUACUUUUAUAAUUCAAGGAGAAUGCUCAACUAGGUUCAUUAUGAGCAGCAUACACAGUGAGUUGGCCUAUUGUCUCUUUCCAAAAGUCAAUGUGCAAUAUUUAUACCCAGGUACUGUAAGAGUCGGUUCACAUCUGAUGGACGACGUACCAUCAAGUGUUUUUCUAUACAUUUGUCUGUUUUGGCGUUACGCGACGCAUGUUCCGGCAGAUGUGAACCGACCCUAAUACGACUUUACACUUCCUUCUAAAACUCAAGAAUAGUCUAGGCAUCUGGGCCCCCCUUCUAUUUUUUAUACCUAUUUAUUUGAACUGUAGUAGUCUUCAAACAAAGGGUAGCUAGCCCUUUUUAUGUGGAUCAUAUUAAUAUAACUGUAUUUAUGUAAUCUAUAUUGGUGUCGAUAAAUAUUUAUUAUCUGUGCAACUUCUAUGUAACAGUUGUGCAACUAUGGUCUUACCUUAUUGACUCAAAUAUGUAAUUUUAAUCCAAAAGGAAGUGUCUAUUUGUAUUUAGUAUUAAGAAGUUAAGAUUUAAUUUAAUUUUACCUCCCUCAAAGUCAAAAUGUUUUAGGUGAAUUCUAUGUGUAUUAUUAGUUCAAUUAAUUUUUGUAUUUUAUGUUUCAAUGUAUAUUUUAGUUUUUGUUACUUUUGUUAGCAUGCUUCAGUUAUUAUAUGAUAAAAUUAAAUUUAAAAGAAAUCUCGAAGGGUAAAAGUAUUGACGAAUACUUUUUUAGUUCUAAUUAAUUAAUUGAUGGAUAUAUUUGUAAUUUACUUUUAAUGGAAUAAAUAUUUAAAAGUGGAAUAUAAUUGA